GUCUGUUUACCACCAGCAGUGAUGUUGCUGAGGAUCGAUGCUGGAGGGGAACGAGGCGCGAGCGCGGAUCGGGAGCGCGCGCAUAGGAAGGACCGGGAGGAAGCAGCAGCAGCAGCAGCAGCAGCUCAGUCGCCAGCGGAGUCCAGGACAGCGGAUGAACGGAGCAAAGCGAGCAUCGUUUUCCCACAGCGGCUUUCCUCCGAGCAGCACCCUGCAGCCCGAAACCUGCCCGAAAAUGAUGCUGAAAGCGGCCCUCCUCUUCGGGGUGCUCGUCGGCAUCAGUCAAGCUUCUCUGCAGGUUUCCAUAUCCUUGCACAAGGUGGAGUUAAGUGUCGGAGAGUCCAAAUUCUUCAUCUGCACAGCUAUUGGUGAGCCUGUCAGGCUGGAAUGGUUCAACCCUCUGGGUGAGCGCAUCGUAAGCAGCAAACGAAUGAACCUGCAGAAGGAGGCGUCCCGAUCCCGACUCAUCAUCUACAACGCCAUCAUCGAGGACGCGGGGAUCUACCGCUGCCAGGCCACCGACGGCAGCGGCCACACGGAGGAGGCGUCGGUGGUGCUCGAAAUCUACCAGAAACUGACGUUCCGGGAUGUAAAGUCGCCGCAGGAGUUCAGGCACGGCGAGACGGCGGAGGUGGUGUGUGAUGUCAUCAGCUCGCCGGUGCCGGUGGUGGUUUGGUACUACCAGGACAAGGAGAUCACAGAGGAGCACCGCAGCAGGUUCCAGGUGCUGCCGAACAACAACCUGCAGAUCCGCCAGGUGACCAAGGCGGACGAGGGGGUCUACCGCUGCGAGGCCAGCGUGGAGGCCAGAGGGGAGAUCGACUUUGUGGACAUAGCCGUGGUCGUCAACGUUCCUCCGUCGCUAUCGGUCUUCCAGCAGUCCUUCAACGCCACAGCCGACUACCAGGAGUCAGUCACCUUCACUUGCAUCACUUCAGGAUCUCCUGAUCCUCUGGUCACAUGGCACAGGAAGGGGCAGCAGCUGGAGCCUUCAGACAAGUACAUUUUCAGCCAGCUGGAGGGCGGACGCAGCAUGCUGACCAUCCGAAACAUCCGGCAGGCCGAUGGAGGAACGUUCUCCUGCAAGGCCUCCAACAAGGCCGGCUUCCAGGAGAGAGAGCUUCUGCUCAAAGUGUUUGUCCAGCCCCACAUCACCCAGCUGAAGAACGUGACAGCCGUGGAGGGCAGCGCCGUGAUGAUCUCCUGCGUGGCCGAGGGCGAGCCUCUGCCUGACAUCUCCUGGAGGAGAGCCAGUGACGGACAGACCUUCGUGGACGGAGACAAGAGUCGGGACGGGCGGUUCGAGGUCCGCGGUCGUCACGGUAAAUCCGUGCUGACCAUCAGCGGGGUGCGGCUCAGCGACCUCGGCCGCUUCGACUGCGAGGCCCAAAGCAGGAUAGGAGGCCAUCAGAAGAGCAUGUUUCUGGACAUUGAGUAUAUUCCUAAAUUCCUGACUAAUCAUACCAUCUAUUACUCGUGGGAGGGAAACCCAGUGAACAUCAGCUGUGACGUGAUGUCCAACCCGCCUGCCACCAUGCUGUGGAGGAGGGAACGCUUCACCAUCUCAGAGGGAACGCCACACAUGCAGAUCUACGGCACCGACGGGAAGUCGGUGCUGGAGGUGACUCCGAUGUCAGACCGAGACUUUGGCCGGUAUAACUGCACGGCCCGGAACAACAUCGGAGUCCGGUACCAGGAGUUCAUCCUGGCCCAGGCAGACGUGCCCUCCAAUCCAUACUCCGUCCGUCUGUCGGCUGUCUCCCAGCGGCUGGCGACCGUCACCUUCAUGAAGCCGGACUCUCACGGCGGCGUUCCCAUCAGCUUCUACCUGGUCCAGUACAAAGAGCUGGGCUCCAUGGACUGGAGGGAUGUGAAGUCGCACAGCGUGCAGACCACCGUAGUUCUGACCGGACUGGAGCCCAACACGACGUACGAGGUGCGAGUCGCAGCCGUGAACGGGAAAGGUCAGGGGGAGUUCAGCCACACGGAGACCUUCCAGACUUUACCCAUCCGAGAACCAAGUCCGCCGGCGGUCCACGGCCAGAGGGGCGUGGGGAAGGCCUACAGGCUGGGGCUGGUCAAGCAGGACGACGGUGGGAUGCCCAUCGUGGAAUACAUCGUCAAAUACAAAACAGAUAAAGAGGAACAGUGGAUGACCAAGCUGGUUCCAGGAGCUAACGACUUUGCGAUGCUGCAGCCGCUGCAGUGGAACACGAGAUAUGAAGUGGAAAUCACAGCCCGCAACGUCAAGGGCCUAUCGGAGCCCACCUUCUAUCAGUUCUUCAUGCCGCAGAAGCCCGACAUUACAGCAGAAUCCCUGUUCAGCGGCCUGGGGCUCGGCGCGGUGGUGGGCCUCGGCCUCGGAGCGCUGCUGCUGCUCCUGGUGCUGGUGGACAUCAGCUGCUUCUUCCUGCGCCACUGCGGCCUGCUCAUGUGCAUCACCCGCACGCUCUGCAGUAAGAAGACGGCCACCAGCGGCAAGGGCAAAGAGAUGGAGGAGGGCAAGGCGGCCUACCUGUACACCUACAACAGCCGCCCCACCACCCUUUCAACCACAGAAGCUGCCGCUGAAGGAAGAAAAUGGCAAAGAGUCUCUCAAGCCGGAUACGAUUGAAAUCAAAGUGCACAGCGACAACAGCAUCCACAUAAAGCCGGACGACAGCAAGGCGUAAAAAUAAAAAAAAAAUGAUAUGUAUAAAGUAACGGUAAAGAAGAACGGGGUCGGCUCCCCUCGCCACCAAAAGAACAUUCGGAUCACGAGACCAACGGCCUGGAAAAGUGAAAAUAAUGGAGUAAAAUACUAUAUCUGUUUAUAUUAAUGCCCGAAUGAAAGGCACGUGUAAAUAAAAUUAGAAGAGAGGAAACGGGAAGGAAACUUUUUGACAUCCAGAACGCAUUUUGUUCAGUAGGAGCCAAUUAAAUGAUUGUAUUUUAUUUUAUUUUCUGUCUGUUUUAAUGAAACUCCUCAGAAUUUCCUUUUCAUUGUUUUUUAUCGCGCUUUGGGAUGGUGAAACAGCCGCCAUCUUUGUUUCUAAUUUUCUGUGUUUACAUGCUUUGGAGACGUAGAAACAAAUCAAAUAAUGUUUCUAAACACUAAAAAAAAAGUGUUUCUGAUCUGAAAGUGACCCAAAGCGUGGAAACACUCAUUUAUACCCCAAAUCUGGCUUUUAUUUUGAAAAGAAGGAAACCUCUUUUCUGUUUGGGACUCUCUCUGAUGUCGUUGUGUGUUGUACAUAGGUGAAAAAAACGGAUAUUUUACAGAGCUUUUAUGUAAAUAUAUUAAAAAAAGGAUGUCUUUUUUCCACAGUGCAGAAGGCUCGGCUUUUGUUUUACUUCCUCUCCCCGUUGCGUUCAGGUUCUGGUGUAAUAUUGCUUUUUCCGCUCAUUUGCUUCCCCUUGAGGGAAACCCGAACCCCAAGGCGAUUCCACGGCAGUAAUUACGGCAUUAAUGUGCCUUUUCUUUCCUUUUUUUGCUCCCUUUCGUGCGGUUUGCUCCAUGAAAUCAGCUUCUGAUUUGCUGCUUUUUGCGCCAGAGAGAGUGGACUGUUUGUGGUGACGCUGCGGCGGCCGGCCGCUCUGGACUCAGAUGUGGAACACGGUUCCGACAGAAAAUAAGAAAAUGAUAAAAGUGUUUGUAUUUUCAGACUUCCUGUCCUAAAAGUUGGUCUUCUUUCUUUGUUUUCUUCCUUUUUCUCUUUUGCUAAUUUCCUGAUUCCUUCAGUCGCCCACUCCCUUUACUUCCUUGUCUCCUAACUUGUGUCCCUCCUUUACUUGUGUCCUUUUUUCCUCCCUCUGUUCCUCCUUUCUUUCCUUCUUUCUUACUUGUGUCCUUCCCUUUUUCCUUUCUUGUAUCCUAACUAUCUCCCUUACUUGUUUUCUACCUCACCCAUCCUUCUUUAUUUCCUUCUGUCUUACACCCCUUUUUAUUUUUCCCUCCCUUUUUUAUUAAUUUUUUUCCUAGCUCCCUUGUUCCUGUCCUUCCUAUCUUUCUUUAUUUACUUGUCCUUCAUUCUUUACUUCCUUGUCUUUAUUGUGUCCUAACUCCCUCCCUUACUUGUUUCCUUACUUGCUCCCUUUUUUAUGUCCUAUCUCCCACUCUUCCCUGUAUCCUUCCUUACUUGACCUUCAUUACCUACUUUUCUUUCCUCCCUUACUUGUUUCCUAUUAACCAUCAGUCAUGUCCUACUUUUCCUUCCUUUCUUCUGUAUUUCUGUUCAUCUUGUCUUUUUUCUAUCCUUCCAUUUAUCCAUCCUCUUUUCCUUUCUUGUGUCCUAACUCCCUCCUUUACUUGUUUCCUAUCCAUCCUUCAAUCAUUCCCUACUUUUCUUUCCUUCUCUCUGUUUUUCAAUCUUCCCCUCUAUUGAUGUCCGUCCCACAGAUUCCUGGUGACGUUUUUAAACUGGGAAUUCUGGGAAAUUGAGUAUUUUUACUUGAUAAAAGUGUAGGAGCUUGGAAGUAAACAGAGAUCUGGUUCUGUUGGUGUGUAACGCAUCAUUGUCAUAUAUGAAUGUGUGUGAGUAUGUGCGCGUGUGUGUGUGCGUGUGCGCGCGCGUGUGCAUACAUGCGUGUGUGCGUGAACAUUCAGGUUGCAUGUAUGUCUGUUGAAUGUAUCUGCACGUACUGUACCGUAAGUCCACGACCGUCGACUCAUCCUGGUUUCAUCGACGCUAAAAUCGAUUCAGAGUUCAGUCGGGUAGAAAUCCGGUUCGGUUUCAGUUCCAGCCGUUUUUCUGUUUCCGGGUCACGAUGACGUGACGUGGAUCCGGACGGUGAUUAAUCCCCUCCACGCCUCUGAGCUUUUAUCUCCCAACCCGUGAAGAAAACAAAAAUUAAACCUGCAUUUGUGAAUCGGGUUCGGUUCUGCUGCCUGUUGAUGAUCACUGUAAAUACCGGAGCACAGUGCCUGGAGGCUAUACAGUUUGUACAUGUUCUUUUUGUAUUUGAAUAUGAGUCUGAAGCCACUCGUUUCCUCGAUCCUUUCGGUUCUGUCCGGGGUUAAAACAGACGUGUUUGAGCUCAGUGUACAUUAUGUGUCCUCUCUGUCCCCAUGUCCCCUGGACUGUCCCCGCUGAAUUGUGCAGGAAGUGGGAACUAUCGAUGUUUCUCUGUAUGUACCUGUGGAACACUUGUGACUCGUAUCAUUUUGCCGCUGUAAAUAAACAUGUCCUGGUAGAAGAGA